AUGAUAUCUAUGGCAUUUGUUUUUGUUGCCACUUGGUUUUUAGGCUGUACGUGGCAAAUAAUCAGUGGUACGUGCGUUUUAAAUUCAGACUUUGGUUUCUCCUUCAGCUGCGCACUGAAAAAGUCUGGCCUAUUUCGUAUCCGUAAUCUCGGAGGAGUCAAAGGCUACUUUGGUCUUGGUCUAUCGGUGGGCGACGAGCUCGGAUUCGCCGACUCGCUGACGAAUCUCGACAGCGGCAGUAGCAGCAGACGAAGCGCACCGGACUCGGCCAGACGAGCGGGCCAUGCCACUUACUACACUAUGAUGAAUCCCUUCCUUGCAAGACAGGCCGGCAGAAGUCCUGCACUGCCGCCGUUCAAGCCCCUGCCGAACGGAGGCUCGCGUCCCAUGGCUCAGCAGCCGGAGCGUCAACGUCUCGUGGUCCAGAACAACAACAGCAGCAGCAGCAGCAGCAGCAGCCAAGCCAACGCUCUGAGGACCAUGCCGAGUCCGACUUUCGCCGAGCUCCAGGAGGACGUGCUGAAGCAGCAGCAACGAGUCCAGCAAGAGGCCAAACUCAAGCAGCAGCAGCAGCAGCCCAACCAGCAGGAGAUCUUGGCCGCGUACAUGCUGAAGCAGCAGAGAACGCAGCAGCUCGAGGCCAUGAAGCAGCAGCACAACCAGCCGAAGGGCGCGAAUCAGCCGGCUCGUCUUCCUAACAUCGUGGCAGCUAUUCCGCCGGUCAAGAGUAUGGCGAGCCUCGACAAGAUGGGCAACGCAGUCCCGGCCUUCGUCAGUAUGCCGUCGUCGGCCGCCCGAAUCACCAAUCGCAUAAGCGACAGUCCGACCCUCGACGACUCGACCAACGAGUUGACAAAUGACGAUGAUAUGCAAAAACAGGUCAACAAAAUGACUCUGAUGUCGCUGCAUCCGAUCGUCGCCUCGGAGAGCGCCAAUCAGCCUCUGCGCGACCAAGAGAAGCGCCAGUCGAUGCCGUCUCUGCCGUCGCUGGCGCCCAUCCAGAGCAUGGAGCCCUCCCUCAAGGCCCUGGCCGAGGCCAGCAACAUCACCCUCGAGGCUCUCGAAGCGGCCAUCUCGCUGAGGCAGCAGCAGCUCUUGCAGAAGCAGCAGGGACCGCCCGCCACGACGACCACCACUACUCUGGCUCCGGUCAAGAGCAAACCAAGCAACACCGGAGCGACGAAAGUUAUGAACGCGCCCCGCGAGUAUUAUCCAGUUGGUUACGACAAGAACUUCGACGACAAUUUCGCCAGUCGAGUGGACUUGCCCGACACCACCUUCUACUGCGGCGAUCAGAAACAUUUUCCCGGCCUCUACGCCGAUGAGGACUUGGGAUGCAUGGUCUUCCACGUGUGCGCCUUGACGGACGAGGGCCUGAUAAUGAAGAGUUUCCUCUGUCCCGAGUCGACGCUCUUCGACCAGACGAUCCUCAAGUGCAACUGGUGGUUCUACGUCGAUUGCAAAGCCUCCAAGAGCCUGUACGACAGCAACAUACCGAUCAGCAAGAGCUACCAGCUCAUGAAGGCGCUGGCCUUCUUUUCGGCUUACAAGAGCCACGACAAUUCGACGCAGCAGCUCAUCAACAACGAAGACGACACCAAAUAGUAGU